UCAAGCUUUAUUUAUACAGCACAUUUCAGACAUGGAUGCAACCCAAUGGCUUCACAGGAAAAAAACAAAAUGAAUACAAACAAAAAUAUUUAGUACACAACAAACAGAAGAUUAACAACUGAAAGAAUAAUGAACAUUAAGGAAAUUCCAUUGAUUAAAAUAUUAAUUGAAUACAAUAUCCAACCCAAAAUAUUGGCUUGUUUUUUAGGAGGGACUCUGAAAGACACUAUGGGGGUGUCCACUGGAAUUUGACUAGUGACAACAACUGGGACAUAAGACACCCACCAUGGGAACACUAAAUCUGCCCAAGAAGAGGCAAACAAAAGAAAAACCCACACCAAAUUAAAGACAGGAAGCAAACCAAAAAGGUGGUUAAAAUAAUUUAUUUACAAUCAAUACCAUUCACACUUUACAAAAUCAUAUCUCUCAUUCAUUCUUAAUUACUUAUAUUUACAAAACCAAAUCACCAAACACCAAACAAAAACAAACCUCAGGGGAGCAUCGUCCCUCCCCGUCAUGCCUAACCCCUUCCCUAAUCUAUCCCCUUACCAAACUCACUCCAACACUCCCAGCCCUAAACCCCCUUUCCACCUCUCCCGUGCCGCAUGCUUCCCCCACUUCCUCUCCUCCCUCUUCAUCCUCCCCCUCAAAUCACCUUCCACCCUUCUCACUAUCCCUUCCACCCCCCAAUCUCUCCCUGUCUUGACUAAAUUCUUCCUGGCUUCCCACAGUCCCUUUUUAAAGAGACUCAUGAGAAGCCAGAGCAGAAACCUGUCCAUAUCCGUUCCCUUUGCUCUCCCUACGCCUCUCUCUAGCCUAGACCAUGUCAAAACAAAAUCACUCCUAACCACACCUAGCAUCACCCGUGCCCUAGCCCAGACUAGUCUGGCAAAGGCACAGUCCCAGAAGGCAUGGCGCACAGUCUCCUCCCUGCCACAAGAGGAUCUUGGACAGGUGGGGGAUUGCACCAAACUAUACCGGUACAAGAUGGAACAUACCGGCAAGCACUUGUGGAGGCUCAACCAAUUCAGGUCCUUGAGCCUGUUGUCCAGGCCCCGCGCCUGCACUCCCUCCCAGACCACUGACGAGAUGCCCGCUACGGGCGCAGGACUCCCUGCCUGCCUGACCUCCUCAUACAGGUGCCUGUGAUCUAAACCUACUCGGGC